UCUUUUGAGCUGGCCCAGAUUUGGCUGUACAGUCGCCAAAUCCGCCACCUUUGCUCCGCGUCAAGAUGGAGGACGCGUGUCAAAGCUUCGUGCUGGCCGCCAGCGAAAUCGAAAAUGAGGCCAUCAACCUGGACCGAAGGGGCGAUGUGAAGGGCGCCAUCGAAAAAUACGAAGAGAGUCAGAGCCUCUUGCAACGUGCCAUCGGCCAUGCCACUGCGGCCCAUGCCGCUGAUCGGCCAAAGCUGGAACAGCACCGACGCGAGAUCUUGGACCGCAUUCAGCACUUGAAGUCCUUGAAGGGUUCCCCAUCCAAUAUCCCAGUGGAAGAUCAGAUUCGAGCAGUUCAACUUGGCAUGCAGGCAACUACGGCUGCCAGUCAAGCCACCUCAGCCGCAGGCGGCGUCAAGCAGAUGGCCGCAGUGGCAGCUGUUGGCGCUGUUGGUGGCGCAGUGGUCUUGGGAAGUGCUUUGGGGUUGGCGACAGUAGGCGCCGUCGGUGGUGCAGCAGCAGCUGGUGUGGCCGCCACCAGGUCUGACCAGGUGGGCGAUGUGGCCAGAGGUGUUGGAGCCAUGGCCAUCAAGGGCUAUGACAAGGCCCGGGAGAUCAAUCGUGAACACGAUAUCAGCGGGAAGGUCAUGGAAGCAGGCUCCAAGGCAGUGACAACGGCCGGUGUCAUCAACGAAAAGUACGGCAUCACUGACAAGGUGUGCAAAGGAGUUCAUGCAGCUGUGGCGAAGGCUCAAGAAGUUGAAGAGAAGCACCACGUAUCUUCUAAGGUUGCCUCCGGCAUUGCCUUUGGUUUCAGCAAAGCAGCAGAGGGCUUUGACAAGCUCACUGAGGCAGCUUCUGGCCGGCGGACGUCCCAGAUCACAGACAGCGCUGGGGGUCGAGGAUCGGCUGCUUAGAGACGAAUAAAUUGAAAAA